CGUAAAAUCAAUAAAAAUGGUAGAAUGUUCUUUCUUUUCCUCCUCCUUCAAUUGGUCAGUCAUCUAUCUUCCCAGAUUCUUUUUUGUAAGCGUUCCGCUCCCAGGUCUCCAUCUUCAAGCGAUUUUAAUCUUCUAGAGAUAGGAGAUUUGAAAGAUGGCAGAACAAGCAAGAAAGCCUAUGCCGCAUCAUAUGUUUUUUCCUUUGAGUGGGUAUAGGAAUCCCUUGCCUCUCCUGGAGACACAUGAUCCAGAACCACGGGAAAAGAUCUUUCCGAGGAUGAGUGAUGAUAUUCGGGAUAUAAAAGAGGACAACUAUAUCUGGCACAAGAAGAAUGUUGAUGUUGUCGAGUUGUUGAAGGGGCACAACAGGGAUUUCCUGAUUAAGAAGAAGAAGAAAGGCGAAACAGAAACUGUGUGUGUUCCCAUUGAGCAGGAGCUGAAGGGCUGUUAUGUCAUUGUUGCUUGUUUCUUGGCCCCCAUACUUUCGGCUUCUACUCAUGCUGAUCCUUGCCAUGCUCUGAUACGUCUAUUUGAAGAGGUGUCUGCCCAGAGAUUGGACCCUGAAUGUAAGACUGUUAUUGUGACCAAGGUGACGCCGUGUGCCAGAGAAAUUUGGAUGGACAAAAAUGUUGAGGAGGUGGCUUUUGAUGAAUUCUUCUCCGGCUUCCCUGAGGGUUUCCUUGCCAUCCCCUUUUCAGAUUUUGAGUCUCGCGACAGAGUUUUCAGCUCUCUUAGUGAAACCAAACAGCCCUUCAUUGCAGCCCUUAUUGUUGAUCCUGAUGGCAAGGUUCUCCACAGAAGUUUUGGGUACUUAUGCUCCUAUGGGGCUGCCUUCUACCCUUUCUCCAUGGACCAUGUCAAUAGGCUUUCCAUGGGGGACGAGUGGCUCAAGAGGAGAUUGAAUCCUUUCCCUUACCAGGUUUCCCCUUCUCUUGACUACGAGUCCCCACUGUUGUCCCUUGCCCAACUCUUCAAUCACUUUCCAGAGGACGUUCUUCUAGCCGAGAUUCGUGGUCAAGACAUGGUAAAUCCUGCCCCAUUGUCUACCUUAAUGAAGGGACAACUAGUGGCAUUAUACCUCUGCGCUAACGGGCACUUCAUGGACAGUCUUGUCAAGCUCUACCUGCAAUGCAGAGAACGUGUUCCCAAGCUCGAAGUCGUGGUCGUGCCCCUAGCAUUCUCAGAUUACCCCCAGUCCUAUUACCACCACAUCAUGCUUGCCUUGGCCAAGCGCAACAUAACCACUUGGUGGGCUUUGCACCCCUAUAACGACAAGAUUAUGCGCACCCUUUCCCGUCUCUCCGGGAGGAGGGGUGGCGACAGGCUUAUCCUUGUCCCAGCUGUUGGGGAAAACUAUUCCUACUGCGGAGAUUUCAGUGCCCACGCAGUGUUAUCCCUCUUGAAAGUGUAUCCCAGGGCAUAUAAGGUGCUCCCUCCUAGCAUGUAUCCCUUCACCACAGAGAAGCUCUACAUAGAAAGGCUCUCCUCUCUGCGCCAAGUCACGCUCCCCUCUUUGUUGUGCUGUGCAGAUUUAAGCCAGACCUCUCCCCUGAGGCUUUGCAGCAGCUCCAGGGCAAGAAUGUCCUUAUGUAACGGCGUAAAUAAGAGACAAAUGUAGGAGUAACUGUGUAAAUAAACAAAUUUAGGAGUAUUUA